AUGUCAAGGACGAAGAACGCCGCUCGUAAAAGCACAGGAGGUAAAGCUCCACGACGUCAACUCGCUACCGAAGCAGCACGACGUCAUGUCCCCCAUUCCCCCGCGGCUUCCUCUGGCGUCGAGGAAUCUGGAGAUGAAGCGACAGACUCCAAGACUGUAGAGGCUCAGAAUGCAGAAGUCGAUACCGCAGACGAUGACACGAAGGCAGGGCAAGAGGGUAUGGACGAGGAAGAGAAGAUGAUGAAUGAUCGACCGGAGAAAGAGGGACACAACAAGACUUUGAUAGUUAGUCGAGUACUGGAGGUGACGAAGACCAACUGGGAGAAUGUGGGAGUUUCAGUGAAGAAAACACCGACUCAGUGUAAGGAUACUUGGCGGAAAACUAUCUUACCGUCUUUACUUGAGAACAAGGUCUGGUCGAAUGGAGGACCGGGAUGGACUAAGGAGAUGAAGUUGACCAUGUUCAAGAUGAUAGUUGAUUCUGCCAGCCCACAUUGGGAUAAAAUCGCCACUUCUUGUCCUGGUAAAACGAAAUCUCAGGUGCAGGAUAUCUGGCGCAAGGUGGUUCUUCCGAGGUUGAAACGAGGAGAUACUAUAGAGUGA